GGAGGUGGGGGGAAGGCGGAGACAGAAGAAGGGAAAAGGAUGCCUGCAAAGACGGGGAGCCGAUCAGGGCACAGUGGCCGGGGGGCCAGCUCCAACUCCGGGGUCCUGAUGGUUGGACCAAACUUCCGCGUUGGAAAGAAAAUCGGCUGUGGGAACUUCGGGGAGCUGCGACUCGGAAAGAACCUGUAUACAAACGAAUACGUGGCGAUCAAACUGGAGCCUAUCAAGUCGCGGGCACCGCAGCUCCACCUAGAAUAUCGCUUCUACAAGCAGCUGGGAAGUUCAGAGGGCGUACCACAGGUCUUCUACUUUGGACCGUGUGGUAAAUACAAUGCCAUGGUUCUGGAGCUACUGGGACCCAGCUUAGAAGAUCUGUUUGACCUCUGUGACCGGACCUUCUCUCUAAAGACUGUACUCAUGAUAGCCAUUCAACUGAUAACCCGGAUGGAGUUUGUCCACACCAGAAGCCUGAUCUAUCGAGACGUGAAGCCUGAAAACUUCCUGGUGGGCCGACCUGGCUCCAAACGGCAGCACACCAUCCACAUCAUCGACUUCGGCCUGGCGAAAGAAUACAUCGACCCGGAGACCAAGAAACACAUCCCGUACAGGGAGCACAAGAGUCUGACUGGAACAGCGAGAUAUAUGAGCAUCAACACCCACCUGGGGAAAGAGCAAAGCCGGCGGGACGACCUGGAAGCUCUGGGUCACAUGUUCAUGUACUUCCUGCGGGGCAGCCUUCCCUGGCAGGGACUCAAGGCCGACACGCUGAAAGAACGUUACCAGAAGAUAGGCGACACGAAGAGAGACACGCCCAUAGAGGUCCUCUGUGAAAGCUUCCCAGAGAUGGCCACCUACCUGCGGUACGUCCGUCGCCUGGACUUCUUCGAGAAGCCCGAUUACGACUAUCUGAGGAAACUCUUUACGGACCUCUUUGACAGAAACGGAUACAUCUUCGACUACCAGUACGACUGGACUGGAAAGCCCCUGCCCACUCCUAUUGGUCCGGUGGCCAGUGAGACGCCUCUUCAGACGAGCAACCGCGAGAAAGCGCCGCAGACCAAAAACCAGUCUCCAGAGGGGAAAGGCAGUGAGUCGCAGCCCACUCCAGUGACCAAUCGAGAGCUGCUGGGCUCCCAUCUCACUGCUGAUAGGCUGGGCGGGUCCGUCCAGGUGAUGAGUUCCACCAAUGGGGAGCUGAACACAGACGACCCUACUGCAGGACACUCCAACGCACCAAUCACCGCCAACGCAGAGGUGGAGGUGGCUGAUGAUACCAAGUGCUGCUGUUUCUUCAAGAGGAGGAAGAGGAAAACUCUCCAGAGACACAAAUGAAGGCCAGAGGAGGGCGGAGCCUUGGGUCUCUCUUCCUCAAGCCCUCUACAUGUGACCCUCUCUUUCUCCUCUCCCCCCCCUCCCUCCCCGAGCCUCCUUCCCUGCUGUUGGAAUCCUAUAGUUUACCUUAAGUCGGCUGGACUGGCUGGGACGUGUUUGCUGAUCGACUGGCUUCUACUGGUCUGGGCUGAGCGAACUGGCAGAGCUCUCCCAGCAAACUGAGCAGAUACCGGAUCCACACACACACACACACACACACACACACACACACUGCAGGUGACCACAAACACGCAGCUGAUGGACUGUGACAGACUGGAUUCAGCCGCUCUACUGGCAGACUGCCUACUUCUCUAUUUUUCUGUUUUUUGGUUUAAUUCUUCCUUAUUGGCUGGUUCACAUGAGAGAGAGACGUGUAUUUCUGAGGUAAUACAGAAGAGAGGACAACAAAAGAGAUGGGAAGCAGUGAGACUGCCGAACCACGCGUGCACACAAAACAGACACACGCACACACACGCACACACACACAUGUACAAACACUGCACAUGUUCUCGAGCUCAUCAUGAAGAGACGUCAUGGACAAAGAGAUGCAGCUCUCUCGCAUAUAGUCUAUAAAGUUUUUAUUCUGUGGGGUCGAAGAAAGCCACCGUGGGCGGCUCGGUCUAUUUCCUGCAACAGACUGGGCUCACUGGACUUCUGACACAUUCGCCCUCUGAGGAAAAACCUCCACAACCACAAGAAUCCAAUGUUAAGAAAAAAAUGUUUGCGUAAACUAUGCUUUGUCCUGUUUUUAAUUUGUAACUAAAAACAGUCUACAAUUUGGAUCCUGUGUUUUUUUUCUGUCUUUAUGCAUUCAAAGGUUUUGUGUUGUUUAGCUUGGAGUGUGCUCCUCAAUGUUUUUUCUUUCUUUUUUUAAUAACUCGUAAUUUGAAUUUUCUGUUUUUUUUCCCUCUUUCUCUCUGGGUUGUAAGAUGGAAAGUCGGAUAACUCCAUUAAAAACCACCAAACAAUAUGA